AUGGACCCAGAAGGCCUGUCGACCGAAUAUUUUGUUCGUCCAAGGAGAGGCUACGCGACGGCAAGGGACAUCGUCAGAAUUGUUGAGGUCGGGCCUCGAGAUGGUCUGCAGAACGAGAAGGGGACGAUUCCCGCGGAUGUGAAGGUCCAACUCAUCGACCGCCUUGGACGAGCAGGGAUGAGGAUAAUUGAGUCUGGAAGCUUCGUGAGCCCAAAGUGGGUCCCACAGAUGGCCUCCUCCGCCGAAGUCCUGAAUUACAUCGAGCGCCUCCCGGGCGUCCGCUACCCUGUUCUCAUCCCCAACCAGAAAGGCCUCGAGACCCUCGUCCAGCUCAUGGCGAAGAACGAACAACAAGACAUGCUCAUAACGGACGUCAAGGACGACUCCCCACACCCCGUGCCGACAGACGAGAUCGCCGUUUUCACCGCCGCCACGGACGCCUUCAACAAGGCGAAUACCAAUGCUACGGUUGCUGAGUCGCUGGACCGUCUAGCGCCCGUGAUACGACACGCGCUCGACCUCGGCCUGCGCGUGCGCGGAUACGUGAGCGUGGUGAUUGCUUGUCCGUAUAGCGGGCGGGUGGACGCGCGCCAGGUGCGCGACGUCGCGAAAGCGCUGGUGGACAUGGGGUGCUAUGAGAUCAGCUUGGGCGACACGGUCGGUCAGGGAACGCCCUGGCAAGUCACUUCCAUGAUUGAAGAGGUGUCGAAGGACGUGAACGUCGACAAGCUGGCGGGACAUUUCCAUGACACCUUCGGCAUGGCAAUUGCCAAUGUCUUCGCAGCAUUAUCUGCAGGCGUGCGCACCAUCGACUCGUCCAUAGGCGGACUCGGCGGAUGCCCGUAUUCCCCAGGUGCGACGGGGAACGUUGCCACGGAGGACGUCGUCUACGCCCUCAAGUCUUCCCCAUACAGCAUUGAUGGCAAUCCCGACCUAGACGCCCUCGUUGACAUCGGGUACUGGAUCAGCGCACAGCUCGGGCGCGAGAACGCAAGCCGGGUAGGCAACGCCAUUCGGUCGAGGAGAUUAAGGGACAACAUGAAGAAGGAGAGGGCCAAACUAUAGUUCAACGUUCAACCUGUAAUCAUGCAGUCAACAUCGUGAUUGGGAUAUAAGAAGAUCUGAUACGCAGGCCAUCGAG